CAACAGAGGAAAACAUUUACUGAUAUGUCAACAACAGCCACGAUGGGUGAAAUGGCAAAUAGCGCUGUGGAGUUUUAUCCUAAAGGGACUCGAGGCGGGGGUGGAGGAGGAAGGGCAGAUGGCAGCCAUGCAGGGGGAGACUUUGGGGUCACGGUUAUGGAGCUCAGGGAGCUGAUGGAGCUCCGAGGAGCUGACGCCAUACAGAAGGUCCAGGACAGCUAUGGAGGCACAGACGGCCUCUGCCAGAGACUACAGUCCAGCGUCACUGACGGCCUCAGUGGCGACCCGACGGACCUGGAGCAUCGAGGCCAAGCGUUCGGUCAAAACUUCAUCCCCCCGAAGAAGCCCAAGACUUUCCUGGAGCUCGUGUGGGAGGCCUUGCAGGACGUCACGCUCAUCAUCUUGGAGGCCGCCGCCAUCAUCUCUCUCGGCCUCUCUUUCUACCAGCCUCCUGGAAAGGAAACUGAAUCUUGCGGGAACGUGUCGGCAGGCGCAGAGGACGAAGGCGAGGCCGACGCCGGCUGGAUCGAGGGUGCGGCCAUCUUGCUCUCCGUUGUGUGCGUCGUCCUCGUGACGGCGUUUAAUGACUGGUCCAAAGAGAAGCAGUUCCGCGGCCUGCAGAGUCGGAUCGAGCAGGAACAGAAGUUCACCGUCGUGCGGAAAGGAAACGUCAUCCAGAUUCCUGUGGCUGACAUGGUGGUGGGGGACUUGGCUCAGGUCAAAUACG